GCGGCGGCGCCAUGGAGGCGGGCGGGGGGGGCGCGGCCUCGGGGGCUGCGGCGGCAGCGGCCGGGACCCCCGACCCCGGGAACGGGGCCGCCGGGACCCCCGCCCCCGGCCCGGGGCCGCGGGGGAAGCGGAAGAAGCGCAGCGUCCCGUCCAUCAACCUGACCAGCUGCAAGUACGAGAGCGUGCGACGUGCUGCACAGUGCUGCGGGCUGAAAGAAGUGGGAGAAAACGAGGAGUGGACGCUGUACUGGACUGACUGCUCGGUCUCUCUGGAGCGUGUCAUGGAAAUGAAACGGUUUCAGAAAAUCAACCAUUUUCCUGGCAUGAUAGAGAUCUGCCGUAAGAACUUGUUGGCUCGCAACCUUAACCGCAUGCUCAGACUCUUCCCCAAGGAGUACAAUAUUUUUCCCCGUACUUGGUGCCUGCCAGCUGACUAUGGAGAUUUCCAGGCCUACAGGCGCAGGAGGAAAAACAGAACAUUCAUCUGCAAACCAGACAGUGGCUGCCAAGGGAGAGGCAUCUUCAUAACACGUAAUCCAGAGGAGAUCAGACAUGGAGAGCAUAUGAUCUGUCAGCAGUAUAUCUCUAAGCCUUUCCUUAUUGAUGGCUUUAAAUUUGACAUGCGUAUCUAUGUGCUGGUCACAUCUUGUGACCCACUGAGGAUUUUUCUCUACAAGGAGGGUCUGGCCCGGUUUGCCACCAUGAGGUACAUCGAUCCCAGCAGGAGAAACCUGGUAAAAAAGGGUGAUACCUGCAUGCAUUUGACCAAUUAUGCUAUCAACAAACGUAAUGCAAACUUCAUCCAGGAUGACACGAUGGGCAGCAAGAGGAAACUCUCUACCCUGAACGCUUGGAUGAUGGCUAACAGCUACAACACAACAAAACUCUGGGAAGAUAUUGAAGAUAUUAUUAUAAAGACUCUUAUUUCAGCUCACCCUGUGGUGAAGCACAAUUACCAAAGCUGCUUUCCUAACCACACUACUGGCUGCGCCUGCUUUGAGAUACUGGGUUUUGAUAUUUUGCUAGACAGAAAGCUGAAACCUUGGCUGCUAGAGGUGAACCACUCUCCCAGCUUCACCACGGACUCUCGCCUGGACCAUGAGGUGAAGGAUGCUCUUCUCUGUGACACCAUCAACUUAAUAAAUGUGCAUGCUUGUAACAAAAGGAAAGUGCUGGAAGAAGACAAGCAGCGAGCAAAGGAACGACUCCUCCAGAGCCAUCAGGCUCCCCGUGCAUCCAGACGCGAGGAGUUAGAGAGCAACCAGGCAGCCUGGCUGUCCCAGGCAGAGGAGUAUGAGAACUCGCACCUGGGCAGCUACCGGCGCAUUUACCCAGCGUGUGGAACAGACAAGUACGAGCCAUUUUUCAAGCAGAGCAGCUCUCUCUUCCAGGAAACCGUAUCAUCCAAAGCACGAGAGGAGUGUGCCAGGCAGCAACUGGAGGGAAUUCGCAUGAAGAAAGACAAGUUAGCAGCUGCUACCAGGAAGAAGGAAAAAGAGGGGAAAGAAGAGCUGCAGGGAGAGUCAGCCAUGGACAAACCCCAGAUCCCUAACAAAACCACAGCUUCUAUAACCGACCUCACCUCCAGAAGCACCAAGAUGCAGGACAAAAAGAUACAGCAAGUGCAGUAUGACUCCAUGCAACCCCAGGAUAUUGCGGAGGAUGAGGAGAAGAAAAGAGUGGGUGCUCUUCUGAAGCGUAAGAACCUUAUCCGAGGCCUGGGCAUCAUAGACCAGCUCUCCCGGCUGCUCCCCACAACCGAUAGAUCGACUGACACCCAGAGAUCCUCUCCUGUUACAUCUAAGAUCCAGCCGCAGUUUCUCUGGGACGCACUCCAGGGACAGAAGGCCCACAGCCUGAUGACACUCAUCCCCCUCUCGCUCCUGGGCGGUGCCGGCCGGCCUUUGGGGCACUCGUUCACGCACAAGCCCAGCACCAGGGCCCAGCCGCCAGCCAGCCAGGGCUCUGCCCCUGCCGCCGUGGGCACGCUCUCGGUUCGAGGCCAGAGCAUCCCUUGCCGUGAGCAGCGCAAGGCGCAGCACAGCCUCCAGCCAUGCGACGGGGGCUGCCUGCGGAGCCAGGCUGCACAGACACCAGGGGUCACCCACCCCUGCACCAAAACCAGGGGACUGCCGCUGAGCGCCCAGCAGCUCCCUGGAGGCAGAAACAAGGCUGAAGGAUGGCGCGGAGGCGGCGGGCAGCGGCGCGGCUGCAGCGGCUGCGGCGGGAGCUGGGCGAGGAGCGCGGCGCCCCCGAGCGCACGCUGAGCUGGCAGGCCAUGGAGCAGAUGCGGUUCCUGCGGCGGGAGCUGCCCGAGGAGUGGCCGCUGGAGCGCCUGGCCGGGGGAUUCGGUGUCAGCCCCGACGUGGUGCGCCGGGUGCUGCGGAGCCGGGGCUGCCCCCCGCCGCGCCGCCGCCUGCGCCAGGACGCCCGGGUGCUGCGCGCCGCCACCGCCCCGCCGCCACCGGGCCCGGCUCCGCACGGCGGCCUGGAGGUGCGCGCCCCCGACGGCUCGCUGCUGUACCGGCUGCCCCGGGCCUGGGGCCCCGGCUCGCAAUAAACAGUUGAACGGG